UUUAUUUCCCAUUUGCCACAAAAUAUUUUGAUCAAUUUUGAUUUCAUGGGCGCAUUCGAAAAAUUCCGUAUGGAAUUUUUAAAUGGAUUUUUAUAGCUGAAAAUUAAAAAAAAAUUACUUCUAAAAUGACACCACGCCUUAGAAUUUUAUCGAACGUCAUUGAGCGUUUAAGUAAAUUAAAAACGGCUGUAAAUGGUCAUGUAUAUGGGGUAAUGUGCGAAACUGCAUUGACUGUUUUGGCAUUUAGUGUAGAAUCAAAAAAUGAAGAACAAGAGGAGACAACAAUUACAAAUGUCAAUUUACAACUGAGUAUGCCCGUUGAAAUUGACUUGCUUGGUGUUUUAUUUGUCGAUCAAUGCGAGCAGAAAAUUCCAGACGCUUUUCAGGAUAUUGACGUAACGGAUAAUCCUCUAAUUUUAAAAUAUUGGACAAAGGAAUCGAGUGUACAGCCAUUUUUUUAUAUUCAUCAAAAAUUAGAAACUGCUGGUGAUUUUGAAAUUGUCAGUGAAGAUUAUGUUUGUCAACAUUUUGUUUAUAUUAGAUUAUUAGCGAGUCUUCCUUUAUUUGCCGAAAAAGAAAACGUUGUAGAUACUCUUCAAGAGUCACGUAAAAAGAUAGCAUCGGGAAAAGUGGCUUUUUACUUUCCACAGAGUAAUGUCUAUUUAUUUGGAAACGACAGUGAAAGCAAUCUCAAAGAAUCCUCUGCGAAGGAAAUUCUUAAUUCUGUCGAUUCUCACGAAAAUAGUAAAAAUCAAAAAAACCACAAAAAAAGUAGUUCACAUAUCGUGAAUGCCGUUCCAGUGGAUAUGCUUCUAAAACUUUCCAACGACAAAGCAACAGACGGUGCUGCGAAACAUGCCCCAGUGAUUCAUCAACAAACGAGACGUCAUUUUGAAUUUUUGGAAUUUAAUUUAAAAAUCGAUGCACUGUCCCUAGUUGAACGUAAUACAACAUUAUCUAGACUAUAUGAAGUUCUUGUUGAAUCAGUAUGUAGAAAUCUUAGAUUAAUUGGAAAAUCAUUUGAGGAACAAAUUGAAAAUAACACUUCAAAAAUGAAACUUCCAAUUCCAAUGCAUUUUAAGCCAACGGAUUUUGGACAUCUCAUGACAAUUGCAUAUUUAGCCGAAAGUACCGCCAAGGAAAAUUCGGAAUAUCGAAAAAGUUUACAUAAAACACUAGUACUUGGAAUGACAAGGCCUAUGUUUCGAGAAGGCAACGCUGUACAAUUUCGCAGUGAUCUUAGUAACAAUGAUCCACUCUUUAAUCCUCAUGAAGCUAUUUCAGUUUCAAACACUCCUAACGGAAAAUUAAGUCUCGUUUAUGGAUGUUAUUCCUAUCAUCAUUAUAUGCAGGAUAAUUUUGAUGACAAUGGAUGGGGAUGCGCUUAUCGAUCAUUGCAAACAAUUAUCUCUUGGUACAGAUUACAGGGCUAUACAGAAAAAUCAAUUCUUAAUCACAAGGAUAUACAAAAGUGCCUAGUUAAAAUAGGUGAUAAGCCUGGAAAUUUUAUAGGCAGUAAACAAUGGAUUGGCUCAACGGAAGUUGGCUUUGUUCUUGAAACAUUUCUCGAUAUUUCAAUAAAAGUUCUUUGCGCGUCGAGCGGUGAUGAAAUGAAAAAUUUAGUUCCAAAUCUUGCCUAUCAUUUUGAAACACAAGGCACUCCCGUUAUGAUAGGAGGAGGAGUUUUAGCGCACACAAUAUUAGGAGUUAGUUUAGAUGACACAACCGGUGAAGUUCGUUUUUUAAUUUUAGAUCCACAUUAUACGGGAGCUGAAAAUUUAAGCACAAUUAUCAAUAAAGGUUGGUGUGGAUGGAAAACAAAAGAAUUUUGGAAAAAAGACGCCUUUUAUAAUAUGUGCCUCCCACAGAGGCCUUUUUGCUUCUAAUAAUAGGGGAAAAAAAGCGUUAUUACAAUUAAUUCUAUGUAAAAUAUUUUUAUUGUAUAAUAACAUCAAUAUUUUGAUUUGUUGUUUUUUUUUUUUUAAAAAGAGAGAAAAAAAACCUCGAUAAACUGUAUUUUAACCUAGCCAAUUAUUUAUUUUUUAUGGUGAAAUGUGUCUACUAAAUGUAUAAAAAAAAAUGUUCAUUAAAUCAAUUUUUCUACGGAAAUUUUAUCAAAA